AUGUACUUCCCAAAUAAUAUAGUAGGAUGUAUAAUGUUGGCACUCGCGGGUCGGAAAUACGCAGCGAGGUCGAUCCGGCUUUUAUUGCUAACAGCACGUUUAUCGUAACCAGUUUUACUUGGGUGAUGGAGUUUCAGAAAGGUAGGCUUCAGAAUCUGUAUUGGAAGAGAGACGUGUGUGCAAAGGCCGGGGAGGUUCAGUGGGCUGUAGUCUUGGGAUUCAGCUGGCGUUUUCCGGCACUGAUAAGCACUUGGCGGUUCUCAACUCGUGGUAUGAAGUUGAUAAUCUUAAGCAGUAUUCUCUUUAUGGUUUGUAUUCAAACCUCAAGAGCUCACUUACAAAUCAGCUCAAUAAUUUCUUCUGAGCUUCUUGUGGAGUUGUAUUUGUUUGUUUGCUUGUAUCACGUAAGUUAAUCUCUUUG